CUCGCCUCUGCUCUCCAUGUGUUUUGGGGGCUAACUUUGAGAGAAUCUCCUCUUCAAGUCUAAAUUGUUGAAACAUAAGGCACCGUAUUCCUAAUUAUGGGAGGGCAGGCUAAAGGUAAAAAGAAAACCAAGCCAAAGAGGAAAGACAAUCGUCCAAACAAAGAUGCCGGCAUAGUGGGCUUGACACCUCAGGAGAGGAUGAAAGUGAGAAUGCAUGAAAAGGCAAAGAAGAAAACAGCUGCCAAGUACUCUGUUGAGCAACUACUGGAGAAGACUGAAGAAUGCAUGGACAGUUUUGACUUUGAGAUGGCUGGACUCUACUGUCAGCGUGCCCUGGACCUGGAGUCCACCAACCUGCAAGCUCUUGACAUGCUGGGACACAUCUCCUCUGAGCUUGGAGACAUACAGAAAGCUAAAGGAGUUUUUCUGCGUGCUGUGGAGCUAAGCCCGGAUGUAGGCCACAGUAAGUACAUGUACCUGGGGCAGAUCCACACUGGCCAGGAAGCUGUUGACUACUACACCAAAGGAAUACAAGUCCUGCUCUCUGCAUUGGACAAACAAGCACAGACCACUGACCAGGCCAGAGCUACAGCUCCUGUAGGUGAAGACCUUGAACACUCGACGAUGAAGGAUGUUAGCGUUGCUUACUGCUCCAUUGCUGAGCUUUACCUAACAGAUCUCUGCAUGGAGGAGGGUGCAUCAGACAGGUGCAGAGAGUUCAUUGAUAGAGCAUUGCAGUAUGACCCCGCCAACCCCGAAGGCCUUCAGCUCAUGGCCAGCUACUUGUUCAGUACAGAGAAAAAUCAGGAAGGCAAAGAAUACUUGUUGAAGAGUGUCAGACAGUGGCUGUCUGCCCAGAAACGGACUGAAGCUUCCUCCAGCCUAGAAGACGAUGUGCAGAACCAGCUCCCGCCGUACGAGUCCCGCAUCACCACAGCCAAGCUUCUCGUCGAGUGCGAGGAGUACGAGAUGGCAGUGGAAGUACUGGAGGGUCUUCUGGAAGAAGACGAUGAGGUUGUUCAGGUGUGGUAUCUUUCCGGCUGGGUUUGCUACCUGCAGUUAGAGAGAGCCAAAGAGCAGCAGGAAAGAGAGGGGAGAACACUCACAGAGGAGGAGGAAGAGGAGAGGUCAGCGCUGAAGGAGGCGGCCAGAUUGCAUUUGACCAAUGCUAAGAAGCUGCACAGCAAGCUACGUUGUGACGACCAACCCAUGUUGGAGCACAUGGAGCAGCUGCUGGGCGAGCUGGGUGGAGAACUGCAUUCCGAAGAGACUGACACAGUUGUAGAUGAAGAUUAUGAACCUGCUAGUGAUGAGGAGGAUGCUAAUGAGGAUAUGGCGAUGGAACACUAAAUAAACCCUUUUUUCUAGCUCUACGUAAUGUCAAUUUUUUUUUCUUUUAAAUUGCCUUUCCAUUGGUCAAACUUCACAGCUAUUCAUCCAAGAACUGAAUUCAAGUUAAUCAAAUAAAACUUGCCGCUGGCUCUAUCAAUUUA